AUGGCAACCCACGUAACCCAAAUGGACACGUCUGUGCCAUACAGGAAAGACCUCAGCGCUCGUCUUAUCUGCAAGGAGUGUGCGGAAAAUCCUCCAAACCUGAUUUACUCCGAUGCGGAUACCAUUUGCGGCUCCUGCGGCUUGGUUUUGGCCGACCGCGGGAUCGACGAGCACUCGGAAUGGCGAACCUUCUCUAAUGAUGACCAGAAUAACGAUGACCCCUCCCGUGUCGGAGACGCGAUGAACCCUCUUCUCAACGGAGACCAGCUGGAAACCUCGAUUGCCAGCGGAGCAACUGGCCGCUCUCGUGACCUCUACCGUGCUCAAAACAAGCAGUCCAACGAGAAGGCGAACAAGGCCCUCCUGGCAGCCUACAAGGAAAUCGGUGCUCUCUGUGAUGGCUGGGGCAUCCAGAAGAACGUGGCAGAUACCGCCAAGUAUCUCUACAAGCUCGUGGAUGAUGAAAAGGCUCUCAAGGGCAAGUCCCAGGAAGUGAUCAUCGCUGGGUGUAUUUUCAUUGCCUGCCGUCAAUGCAAGGUCCCUCGUACAUUCAACGAGAUUUUCAACGUGACCAAGGUCAGCCGCACACAAAUUGGCCGUAUCUACAAGACGCUCGAGAAGUUUUUCAUGUCUAAGAACGUCCCGCGUACCAGCGCUUUCGCCGAUACGCAGGAACCGUCCUACACAGCCACAUCUUCGACCAAGCCUAGUGAUCUUUGCAACCGUUUCUGUAACAUGCUGGAGCUGCCGUACUCGGUCACCAACGCUUCCUCUACACUGGCAGACCGCGUCACUGCGAAGGGUUACUUGGCCGGACGCUCCCCGCUGUCGAUCGUUGCUGCCUGCAUCUACAUGGCCUCCUACUUGAUGGGAAACGGAAAGUCUGCCAAGGAUAUCUCCCAGGUCGUAGGCGUCAGUGAUGGAACCAUUCGAGGUGCCUACAAGCAGCUGUAUGCGGAGCGAGAGCAGCUGGUCGAUGCCGAAUGGAUCAAGAAUGGCAAGGGUGAUAUGAGCAAGCUUCCUGUCAGUUAG